UGCCAAGUAGUAAACUUAAGAGAGAAAAAGGGAGAGGGAAUGUAAGAAACCCUGAGUGAGUGCUGAGCUCUGUGGCUGGCAAUUAAUGAAACAGGGAGGAUGAAUGAACCAUACUGUGAAGUAGUCCAGGAUUUCUAUAUAUCUGACCUUAAGAAGCCUACACUGAAGGAAGUGAAUGUUUGGCCAUGCACUGGAAGGAGCAGCAGCAGCUCUGGAGUUUCCUUUUUUUGCCUCUCCUUGUUGUGCCUGAUAGGCAGUCUGCUGGGGCAUCCUCAGUGUCUGGAUUAUGGGCCACCAUUCCAGCCCCCUUUUCACCUGGAGUUCUGCUCUGCCUAUGAAAAUUUUGGCUGCUGUGACCAGGAGAGAGACAACAGCAUUGCAGCAAAAUACUGGGACAUCAUGGAUUAUAUUGAUCCCCAGGGGCAUGAACCGUGUGGAACGUAUAUCAAAGAUAUCCUGUGUCAGGAAUGUUCUCCAUAUGCUGCACAUCUCUAUGAUGCAGAAAACCCUCGGACACCUCUAAGAAACCUCCCAGGACUUUGUUUUGACUACUGCUCUGAGUUUCAUCUCAACUGCCGCUCUGCCAUCAGCCUGCUUACGAGUGAUAAGCACAUCCAAGAAUGCUGCGAGACAAACAGGACACGCUUUUGCAACCUUCUUCACCUGCACGAUGAGGACUACUGCUUCCCCAACGUGCUGAAGAACACAGCCCUCAACCGCAACCUGGGCUUGGUGGUAGAGGGCCACAAAGGCUGCCUCCAGCUCUGUCUGACGGAGGUUGCCAACGGCCUGAGGAACCCUGUGCUCAUGGUGCAUGCGAAUGACCAUACCCACCGCAUGUUCGUAGCUGAGCAGGUGGGUGUGAUCUGGGUCUACCUACCUGAUGGCAGCCGACUGGAAGAGCCCUUUCUGGAUAUUAAAAGUAUAGUGCUGGCUACACCAUGGAUAGGGGAUGAGAGAGGCCUUCUAGGGAUGGCUUUCCACCCCAAGUACAAGUAUAAUGGGAAGUUCUAUAUCUAUUACUCAUACAUGGAUAAGAACCGAGUGGAAAAGAUCAGGAUCAGUGAAUUGAAGGUUUUGGCAUCCGAUGUCAAUAAAGCUGAUCCACGUUCAGAAAGGAAUCUUCUGGAGCUUGAGGAACCAGCUGCAAAUCAUAAUGGUGGGCAGCUGCUCUUUGGUGUGGAUGGCUAUAUGUAUCUAUUCACAGGGGAUGGAGGGAAAGCUGGAGACCCUUUUGGAAAAUUUGGGAAUGCUCAGAACAAGAGUACUUUGUUGGGGAAAGUCUUGAGGAUUGAUGUGGAUGGAAAAAGCCCGGAUGGGAAGCCUUAUCGCAUUCCUCCUGAUAAUCCAUUUGUGUCUGAUCCCAAGGCCCGCCCUGAGGUUUACGCUUAUGGGGUCAGGAAUAUGUGGCGCUGUGCAGUUGACAGAGGGGACCCUGUCACGAAAAAGGGAAGAGGGAGGAUAUUCUGUGGGGAUGUUGGGCAGAACAGGUUUGAAGAAAUCGACAUUGUUGUUAAAGGAGGGAACUAUGGCUGGAGAGCAAAGGAGGGAUUUGAAUGCUACGACACAAAGCUUUGCCACAAUUCCUCUUUGGAUGACAUUCUUCCAAUAUUUGCAUAUGGCCACAGUGUGGGGAAGUCAGUCACUGGAGGUUAUGUGUACAGAGGAUGUGAAUCGCCCAACUUGAACGGCCUUUAUAUUUUUGGUGAUUUCAUGAACGGUCGACUUAUGGCUUUACAGGAAGAUAAGACAAAUAAGUGGAAGAAGCAAGACAUCUGCAUUGGCAGCACAAGAGCAUGUGCUUUCCCUGGAAUGAUUGGUUCUUAUAGCAAGUUCAUCAUCUCCUUUGCUGAGGAUGAAGCAGGUGAACUGUAUUUUAUGUCUACUUCUUAUCCCAGUGCCUAUGCACCACAUGGAUCACUCUACAAGUUUAUUGAUCCUGCAAGGAGAGCUCCACCAGGGAAGUGUAAAUACAAGCCUGUUCCAGUGAAAACAAAGAGUAAACGGAUACCAUUUGUUCCACGUGCAAAGACUGUCCUUGAGCUGCUUAAUGAACCUUCAACAACCAAGCCUCCAAAAAAAUCUUCUACCCCCACUGCAGCCAUCCCAACAGUUUUUUCUAAGAAAGCUAAAAAGACGUCGGUCACCAAAACAAAAGCAUCAACAGUGAAAACAGCUUCAUCUGGUAAAAAGAGACAGAAAAUCAAAGCUGAAGUGAAACCUCACAAGCUGAAGCAGGAAGAGAAGGUUGCACCUAUUUCCAGAACCACAUCAGCACCACCUUUGCCAAAAAAGAAGAGCUCCCACCUAACCACAACCAAGAAGCUUCUUCCAAAGAAAGGAGCACUAGCUAAGGAAAAACUGGGGAAGAGGAGGAAGGGGGGUAGAUUAAGCAGCAGCUUUUGAAGCUCGGUGAUGUCCCAGAAAAAGCAAGUCACAUAUAAGAUGGUGAAACAGAUGUUUUCAAUAGUGACCAAAUACAAGCGUCAGCUGACUUGUUACGGCAGUGCUCCCAGGUGUGCCUCCAUUAACGUCAGUGUUAGCAGUCUCUCUAGAUGUUCUAUUAAACCUUAAGAGCACCAGCCUCGUAGUAUUUUUCUUUGCGAAUCCUGCUGCCAUGUCCGCUUCUGCUGUAAGUAGUUAUGAGAUUUGUGUACGACUGUCUAA